AUUAACACAUCCAUCCUUGUACGCAAGGCAAUCCUUACGUUUCUUUCUCUGCAUUCGCAAGAAUGACUGCCAGUCUCAUAAAAGAUGAAUCCUCUUCAUCAGGACGGCAAGUGCGAUAUACCGAUCAACUGUUCGAAUUAGCCGAUAAAGAUGAAUGGAGUGAAGAUCAUUCUUGGCCUCCAUUAAAAGCAGAGAUUAAAUCUUUACUCAGAGAAACAUUUCAAAAAUGGCCUUCAUCUUCAAGUCCAAUCUUACAUCCUGCAGCAACUUUGAUACCCUUGAAUUCAUCCAAUAUCGAUGACAUCUCUUCUUCAACCUCAUCUUCUUUUAACAGUCUAUCAAACGGAAAUGGUAAAAGUAAUGGAAAUCAUCUACCUUCAUCGCCAUCCAAUCAUAGAAACGCACAAGCAUCAUAUUCAGCAGCAUUGAACAAUCGAUUCAUGCAUGGUGAUGCAGGAAAUGGAGUGAAUGAUGAUGGAAUGGAAGCAAACGGAUUGGAUCAAGAUAUCUCUGUAAAAGAAGCAGAUAUGCAAGCCUUCUUUCCGAGUAAGAGACAAGCGCCUGCAGAAUGGAAAGGAAGUUGGGGUAAACGAAUAGAUACGCAAGAUGAACUGGAUCGUGAACAAGCGGCAAUCUUUGGUAUGUUGGACGAUUUUGAAAAUCAACCUCCUUUUACGAUUCAACGUUUAGCAGAAUUGGUUAUUAAUCCGACACAAUAUCAUCAUACGCUACCAAAAUACAUCUCUGCUUUGAAAAGAGUUUUAGCCGUUACUGCAACUCGGGAUGCAUUCCCUGCCCGUGCAGGAGAGGAAGAGGAAGAUGCGUUAUCGGAUGAACUAUCAGCUCAUGAAAUCGGAACAGAAGCAACCAAUGGAGUUAGCGGUGUCACACCCAGAAGCAGAAAGGCAACCCCUGUUCCUAACAGUCCAAUCACCACACCACUUUUCAGCCCUAUACCAUUUUUGAUGAAAUCAGGAGAUGAAGGUAUGCCAGGCGCAGGACCAAGGCAAAGUGAAGAAGGACAUCACAGCUCAGAAGAAGGAACGGAUGUCGCAAUGGUGGAUCGAGAUGUGCCUACGAUGGAAUUAGCAGGCGCAGACAGGACGACGGAAGAGGCUGCUGAUCAAGCAAGAAGGUCAGGCAAAGGUGUUGGAUCCAAUAGGAGUGUGGUGGACGGCGCAAAUGAGAUUUCAGAAGCGGAAGAAUUGGAUGCACAACAUCAAGUACAAGAUCUUUCAAAUACUUCUUCUGAGUCUAAUACGAGCGUUGAAGUGGCACAGAAGGCCACGCCAGCACAGCCAAACGCACCGUCUCAGGAAGUGUCAGAUGUUGGACGAGCUGGUGAAUUAAGUGCGGGUGCAUCUACAUCUUCAGCAGCAACGUCUGAGCCUCUGGGCGUACCUGUAGGGCCGGUAGAUGAAGUAGAUCAAAUCGGAGAGAGACAUGGCCAGCUUACACCUUUGGAGCCUGGAUCGAUUGCUGGAGGAGCAAAAGCAUUUUCUUCAACGACAACGACUGCACCUGAUGCAAAAAUUACUUCAACGAGCGAGGAAGCAGUUGUGCCUGAUGAACUUGAAGAUGGAGGACGUGCUUUGAAGAGAGUCCGCAGUGAUCGUCACCUUGGAGGUACAGCAGAUGGAAAUGAAGAAGCAGAACCGAAAUAGUAGGAUUUCAAAGAUUCCUCUCUCUUCACUCUCACAUUUAGUCAAUUGUUUUUCUUUUUUGCAAUUUGCAUGUACUAUAGAAGCGUUAUAAUGUUUUCAUGCAUUUCAUAGACGAGAACUAAGGAG